AUGAGCAAUAAAGUGAGAGAAGAGCAGGUGUAUGAGGCGAUAAGAAAAAAGCAUGCUGGUGUAGGAAACGAAAAGACCACCAAGGAGGAAUGGUCGGCCAAUAUAUCGAAGGAUACGUACGCAGGGUUGGCUAUGCAUCAAAAUAUGCUCGAGUAUGUGACGCUGGCGUCGAAUUACACUUCAAAGAAGGAUGCACAACUAGCAAUGCUGCGAAAGGUUGCGAAUCCGCCUACCAGGCCGGCGUCGAAGAGGCAGCAAUGA